AUGCUAUACGCUGGUAGACAAACAGCAAUGCUAUACACUGGUAAACAAACAGCAAUGAUAUACGCUGGUAGACAAACAGCAAUGCUAUACGCUGGUAGACAAACAGCAAUGCAAUACACUGGUAAACAAACAGCAAUGAUAUACGCUGGUAGACAAACAGCAAUGCUAUACGCUGGUAGACAAACAGCAAUGCUAUACACUGGUAAACAAACAGCAAUGAUAUACGCUGGUAGACAAACAGCAAUGCUAUACACUGGUAGACAAACAGCAAUGCUAUACUCUGGUAAACAAACAGCAAUGAUAUACGCUGGUAGACAAACAGCAAUGCUAUACGCUGGUAGACAAACAGCAAUGCUAUACGCUGGUAGACAAACAGCAAUGCUAUACGCUGGUAGACCUGUAUAUUGA